AUCUCCUUCCUUCUUCCUUCCUUCCCGUCUGUAUUCUCUUCAGUCGCCACCUUUCUGAACCAGGAUUUCUGUAUAUCCAGCUCCUGCUCCCCUCUUUCUCAUGUGUGGCUGAGGUUUUUGUGCAUCGCCAACGAGUCCUGUCCUGCUCCAAGGAAGUUUGCAGCGCAGAUACAUUGCCGUCAAGCGUCAAGGGGGGAAGGCCAUGCCAAUGGCGAUAGCGAUGAAGGGAAUAUUCAGAGGUCUGAAGAUCAUAGCACAAAUAUUCAUGCAGAGGGAUGAGCAUGAGAUCGAGAUCGGGUACCCUACAGACGUGAGGCAUGUAUCGCACGUAGGCCUGGGCGCUAGCGACUCCUGUCCGAGCUGGAUGAGUGAAUUCAGAGGAUUAGAGGAGGUGACAACAGCAGGAGGACGGGGGGCAUCCAUCGUAGGCUCUGCUGCGCUGUCGAGGCACACCUCCUGGGCUUCCCUAGACUUCGAGCAACCAGCGACAGGCGCGCUGCCGGCGGCGGCGGAGGCCUGCGCCGCGGACAGCAGCUCGGGCCAGGACGGCGCCGCGAGAGGCGGCGGUCCAGUGACCGUGACCACGAAGAAGGCGGCGAGGCCGAGGAAAGCCUCCCGGGCGUCGGCGUCGCCCGGCGGGUCGUCGUCGUGGCGGUCCACGGCGUCGUUCGCCACGGCGUGCGACGGCCACUCCUGCGAGCUUCACGUCCCCGCCGGCCUGCAAGCCGCCUGAUCGAGCCUGACACGUACGACAUGUCGCCGCAGCAGCAGCAGGACGGGAUGGCCGGACGAGGACGCGCCUCCGUACGUCGUCCGUCCGUGUAGCUAGCUGCUGCUGCUCCGGCGAUCGACCAUCACUGUCCGUAUGUGUGUACACGCCACGCACGCGUGAAUGAAUGACACGCGGCUCUAUUUCUUGUAACGGCGUUUUUAUGUUCGGUUCGGGGCUUGCUAUUAUUCAGAAAAAAAAUGACAGGAGCCUGGUGAACAGCAAGUGGAUAUCUGUAUUUGCCCAAAUGCGUUUGUUUGCUUUCAGCUCGUCAACUGAUGGAAUGGAACUGUCGUCGGCAACGACCAACAAGCGGAAGAAGACGUCAACUCAAGCCGGCCGGUCACUCCGUCCUCGGUUCCGUUCGGACUGACGAGUCUACUUCCUAUUUUAUAUGACACAUACGAGCUGUUUGUACAGAGUCUGUGACUCUGAGUUUUGCGAGAGCACCACGUCAGAGAUGCAGACAAAUCACUCGCUGGACUCUUCGUCCGUUCAUUCAUUCAGGCCUGUUUCAGUUCGCGAAAAUAUUUGGAUUUCGCCACUGUAGCACUUUCGUUUGUUUGUGGCAAAUAUCGUCUAAUCAUAAACUAACUAGGGUAAAAAGAUUCGUCUCGCGAUUUUACAGACAAACUGUGUAAUUAAUUUUUGUUUUUAUUUAUAUUUAAUACUUCAUACAUGUACCGCAAGAUUCAAUGUGACGGGUAAACAAGGCCUCAUUCAGCGAUUUUGACCUGUAACCAUAAGAGAGAGAGAGAGGCCGAGUCGAGUCGACUCUUCAACUUUCUCAGUCACAUGUGGCAGCUCUCGCAAUAAAAGGUCAUCUCCGUCUCCGGCGCCACCACCACCAUCACCCGGCCAGUGGCGAGUCUCGUGGCACCGCGUGCAGGCCACAUGUGUGGGGGUCGGAGCUCCAGCCUCCAGCUCCUCCGUUUUCUUGGCAGCCAGGUCAAGUCACGAAUAACUUCUCAGACACGGUCGCAGAAGUACUACCACGCUAGCUGUGCUCUCAAGACCUAUAUAUCUAUCCCACAAUUAAUAAAGUUUAGAACAAACUAAUAUCCUGUGUGAAAUAAAGAUUGUCGUUAUCGUCUUGCAUUCUAGUAUGUCCUGAUGAUCUGUCGAUUGACGCGACGACCUCAAUUCCUUGUUUUCCUCUGCGUUCCUUUUUUGGUUUUCCGUGGAUGCAUCCGAUUGGACCGAUGGAACGCGCGCGACCAUGGAAGUUUCCAGGGGACGGGCCAGGCCCUGCCACGCGUGUGUGUGUGUGUGUGCAUUGUAGGCACGGAUCAUAUGGUCCUUCUGAAACCGAAAGCGACGGUGGCAGGCAACGUCU